AUGACGGACGCCGGCUCUGACGGGCCGGGGCUGCAGAAUGUGGUCAUGGAGGAAUUCAUGCGCUGCUCUCUUCCGCCUCCCGUUCUGAACACGCUGCACAAUGCGGGAGUUCAACCGCAUGAGGUGCUGAGCGCCCUCUAUCCAGAACAUGUGGCCGCUCAAGUGCUUGAGCACCUGUCCAACCCAGGAGCCUUUGCAAGGAGGGACAGCCUUCCACGGCCAUCGACAGAACAGACUAGCUUCCCCUUUCGAUUCCGGGACGACGCUGUUGAGAGCCAGUUCCUACAGUGGGAGACAUCAUACAUGAAAUGGCACCUCAUUGGUUACUCGCUCUUCCUCUUUGGGCUGCUGGGCGUGCACCUGAAUAUCUGCAACCCUGAGCCACACCCAGAGCCAAACACCUGCGCCUGCUCAUUUCUGCAGCAGCCAUGGCCAUGUGGUUCACGCCAGAUUCUUGCCCUGGGCUUUGUGCUCAUAUGGAUGCCGAUCGCAUGCAGUGCCCUACCACAGCCCUACAACUAUAAGUACAGGGAGUUGAUGUGUGCGACACAUCAGCUUAUGGCGUGCUAUCUUGUGUCAUCCUUUACAGACCAGGUUGCUGCCCUGCACAUUGGGACGACCUGGAGGAUAUUGGACCCUCUUUUCUUCUGUGUUGUACCUAUUCUGAUCGAGAGCAUUGGAGCAAAGGUCUUGAAGGCACUGGACAGAGGCAUGAUGAUAUUUGUGCAUAUUGCAGAUUCGGGUCAUACUGCACGUUCCGUUGAACAUUGCGCAGAUGCUAUAUAUCAUCUGGCCAUGGUUUUCAACAGAGCUGGUUUCCAAAUCGAUGCCAUUCUGUGA